UUUUCUGCUCUUACUCCUCUCCCACACGCCGCAUCCUCUCUCUCGGCCCCGGCGUUCCUCUUCUGAUCUCCUCCGGGCGGCGAUUGGGCGAGUGGCGCCGCGCCACCCUUGGCCAGUUCUUCGCUGGGCGCUGCGCCGGCGACGAGCAUCCGACAGGGCUGAUAGAGGAAAUUUACCUUUAUCUAUCUACUCCACAUUCUUUUGCGACUAUGGCACUAGCGGCUAUCUACAGCCUUUUCAUCAUUAACAAAUCUGGUGGCCUUAUAUACUACAAGGACUAUGGUUCAGCAGGGAGGAUGGACACAAAUGACAGUCUAAGAUUGGCAAGUCUCUGGCAUUCAAUGCAUGCUAUCUCUCAGCAACUCUCCCCUACCCCUGGCUGUACUGGCAUUGACCUCCUACAAGCCCAUAAUUUCGAUCUUCAUUGCUUCCAAUCCCUGACAGGUACAAAAAUUUUCGUUGUAUGCGAGACUGGCGCGCCAAAUAUGGAAAUGCUGCUGAAAGUGAUCUAUGAGUUGUACACUGACUUUGUCUUGAAGAACCCGUUCUAUGAGAUGGAGAUGCCAAUUCGGUGUGAGCUCUUUGAUCUCAACCUGGCACAGGUGAUCCAGAAGGACCGUGUUGCACUCUUGGGUCGGUGAAACUUGAAGACUUAAAUGGUCUAACCCCCAUCAUGUAUCUUGUAGUUUCUCCUUUCUCUAAACUACACUCAGAUUUGUGCAGCUGGAAUUCUAAGAUCUACCCGUGUGUAUAAUCGAUAACUACAUCUGGAAUGGUCUGUUGCUCAUCUGUAAAAUUCCAGACAUGUGAUGGAAUGAA